UUCCUUCGACCCUGAACAACCGAGCUGGGUGCAACUUUACGAUCGAACCUUCCUUUAGUUUUAGGAACACCUGUCCAGGGUUAAACGUCGACCCCUCUCGCGUGGUUCCACCUUAUCCGGGAUAAUGAUUUUCGACGCCGUUAUGGUACCAUCGGUCGCGAAGGAUAAAAGUUCCGCAGUCCGCUGGCAAGGCCCGAGGCUUCGGAGCUUCGAGGUCUUCCGGGGAGUGGAAAAGGAGGAACCGGAAGAAUUUAGAAACGAGGGGACGCCAAGGAGUCGUUUAAUCCGGACGACAGGGAUCGAAAGAGGAGACGCCCCCGAGGGGACGGCUCCGCGAUUUCUGGAGCCCCUUUGCGACGGCACGAUUCGUCGUUCCGUCAUUUCUCCCUCUUUUUUUUCCCCCCCUUUUCGACGAGAGAAAUGUGCCGACAUGGGCACGUGUCGGGCACGUCGAUGUAUAAUCCCCCGGUUGUUAUUUAUUAAUCCGGCGAUCGCGUUCCGAGGUUCGACGAUGCCGUAAUAACGAUCAGCUUUAACAUCGAUCGGGGGAUGGGCACCCUUCGAUUUGGCCCCGACGUAAUUUCAAUCGGGCCGGUAAUUGGUUCUCGUUGGCCUAAGUCCAACCGGGGAAGAAUCGCCGGGAAUCAAAGUCGAGAUAUCGAUACUUGACAACCCGAAGGGGCUUCUUAACGUCCUUAGGACGUCGCGGGCCAUUUAUCGCAGCCCGCGGAGCCGUUCAGCAAGGUUGAACGGCGACGCGCGAGGAAUGGAAGAAAUCAAGAUGGCGGCGCCCAGCGUCGAGCACGUGGGUUUGCUCGCAGGACGAUCGAUGUUACGCAAUCGGGGAAACGCAACCGCGCGGACCUCGGGGUACGGGGAACUGGUUGUCCCCCGAUAACCGGGCGUCGGUGCAUCGGUAACUGGCCGUAACUCCAAUUGCCGGUGGCGGUAAACAACGAGCCGUUGCCGCCUUCGGGUAUUAAUAUUCCGCGUGCCCUUCGACUCGAUCGCCUCGAGGGUUGGCGAUUCGCGAGCCAGGAUCUCGCGCGGAGUCGAUCGAUUAUCGAUUAUUCCGUCGUCGCGUGCCGAUGUCCGGCCGUUAAUUGCGCGACGCGACGACCGCCAGGACCUCCUGUCGUUAACGGUCGACGAAGAGGAGACGUUUGCCAAUUAUCGACGUAUCGCUGGCAGCCGGGUGCCCGACGAUGCCUAUUAACUAAUUAUUGAUUCCGCCCCGUCGAGUCGCAUAUUUCUAUGGCAACUCUGCCAUCGACCGGGCGGUUACCGGUAACUGGUACAAGGCGACCUGAUGGGACGCACCGACGACCCCCCUGCGCCUUCCAGAAGCCUUGCGAUCCUGGAUCGUUCCCUUUUUUUUUAUCGCUCGUUAUUCCGCAUCUCGCCGCCGACCUGAAAGAAAUGGAUUUGUCCGUAAUUACUUUUUUACAGGCCUCUACUCAAUUAGCGGCGCCGUUCGAAGUCAUUAACCGGUUAACCGAGCGCGGCGAGUUGACGCGCGAUCGGCGAACCCGACGCUCCGGUUAACGGGUUAAUCUUGGAUUAACCGGGAUGACGAGAUAACGUUCGUUUACUUCCUCCCGACUUCUCUUUCGAUCGGGAGAUUGUUCUACUUUUUUUUUUUUAAUUUCGUUAAAGGACUCUAAGUCUCCUCGCUAUCAAAGCUCUCUGUCGUUAAGUUGUAAGAGGUCCCUAUCGUUAACCUAUAAACUGGCACGCUAGAACGAGACCUGUUAAGUAAGUCGUUAAAUUCUAAACUGCCGCGCUAUAAGGACCUCCUGUUAAACUCGAAGCUAUACGAGGCUCCUGUCGUUAAUCUCUAAGCUACCGCGCUGUAAAAGCCCUCUGUCGUUGAGCCUUAAGCUACCGCGCUGUAACGAGGUCUCCAUUGUUACGUCUCGAGCCGCCGCGUUAUAUGAGAGCAUUGUCAUUAAACUCUAAGCGGCCGUGUCGUUAAGCUCCGAGCGACUGCAUUCGAAUGCGGAACGCCAUUCGGAGCAGCUGCGAGCCCAAGACGGCCUCGCGGAAACGGAACGUCCGGCCGCACGCGUCGGCACAUCCAAGAUUAAAAUACACGAGCGAAGGUCGCUCGAGUCUGCCAAUACGCCUGAACUUGUACCGCGAGUCGCCAGGACGUUGAUUAAACGAAGCUUUGGCCUCGGGAGAACCUUUUACGGCGACAAGGGACGUUUUCCGAUCGGAGUUUGCGCUAACUCGGCGCGGUUCGCCUUUUGAAUUUUCCGCCCCGCACUUCCCGGAAAAUUCUAUGUUCGAACGCGGAUUAAGCUUACGAAACAAUAAAGGAAUAUUCUUACCAAGAUAUCGGGAGGAUCGAUGUCGCAAGGAUGUCAAGAACUUCCGGGAUUACGAUUUUAUGCACUGACGCGAUACGUUCCUGUUGACUGUGGCGAGUUUACUGACAAGAUGGCCGGUAACGCGAGGCACGAUGUCGUGGCACCAUCUAGCGAGGGAAGUCGGAAGCUCGUAGCGAAACGAAGAUUUGGCAGGGUCCUGUUUGGCUAUCGCGACCGUGGCGCCGUCUGUCGACAACACUCGGAAGGUUGUCGUGCCGGAAAAUCGUCCAACGCGUCAGCGUUCAGCCUUGCCGACCAUCCAAUUAAAUGGAAUUUAAAUAAAAUUACUUGCCUCGAUAUUUAAGUCGUUCACAAAUAAUUCCUCUUCGCCGACUUCGUAAAAGUCAUCGCUAUCCGGAGUGUUUCGGUCUUCAAAGUCUGUGCAUUCACGGUGGCCCUCCGUGAAUUUCUAUGCACACCCCUUCUGAAAAAAAAAAAAAGGUUAGUAUUACCACAAUGAAAAUUCGUUAUUACACGUCCUAAAAUAUUAAUAAGGCAGAGCAAAUGCAAAUACAACACUGGUGAGUUCUUUUUCCCGUCUGCGGUUGGCCCUUGGAGGUGGUCUUUGGCUACGAUUUCCGCAAUUCCUCUCCAGGUCGCUGCUGGAGCUUCAACGAUAAAAAAUGAGGAUUCCUUACCACCAGGGACCAGAAUAGGUACCCUUCCGGUGCACCCUUAAUGCCGAUGCACGUCCGGAAUUGCAGCGGCAGCCGAGCAUCGAAUGAACGGGCACGUAAGCCUAUCAUUAGGGGAGGGGCCGAGGCGAUCGGAUGACCCGUUUGUGGCUGCAUCGUGAAUUAUGAAGAGGUGCAUCGACUAUUUUUGCGAGAUGACCUGGAGGAAGGCACUCUCCAGGGUGGACGAUGCUUCCGAGAGGAAAGGACACUUCCGCGAUUUCCUUCCGGGGUCAGUUCGCGAGAACCGCGACGCUGCUCCGCUUGAUCGGCUUCUUCUCCAUCGAUGAAGUUUCCCUUGGAAUUCCGAAGGGCCCUAGCAACUUAGAGACCGUCUACUUCGUCACCCUGAUCGGUAUGGACGGGUUCGUCAUGAGCUGCCAGCUCGUCACCGUUUACAGGGAAUGGAACGGCAACAGACAAACCGCCUUCGAGGUCGGCUGUGGCACCCUGAUCGGCACCUUCGCCAUGACUAAGAGCAUCUGUCUCCUGUGGAGAAGGGUCGAGGUCCUGGAUUUCCUCUACCGACUCUCCGUUACCUGGGAGAAGUACAUCGAUAAGCUCAAGGAAAAGGCGAUAAGAUCGUUUAGGAAAGCUAACACUAUCCUGCCAUUUUACGUCACGGGGACAGGGUGCACCAUCGCGAUCUUCAUCAUCCUUCCGUACCUGGAUAUCCUGAAGCAGUACUUGUACACGAAGAACGAGAACAAUUCGUACAAUUUCACGGAGACGAUUUCGUUGGCGACCUAUCCCUUUCCGACCGAAAACCGCGUGUCUUAUUUCCUAAUCCUCUUCUGGGAGCAGUUCCUCUGCAUCUCUUUUGCCAUCCACUGGCUGGCCAGCGACUUCCUCUUCGUCCAGGGGGUCACGCAGAUCAUCUUGCACCUCAAGGUUCUUUGCGACGAUCUAAGAAACCUCGCCGAGGGGAAUGAGAGCGAGCACUCCGUCCUGAAGAAACUGAAGAACAUCGGGAAACGGCACAAUGAGCUUUUGGAGUACUGCGGGAGAAUGCAGGAGAUCUUCAGUCUGAUCCUCUUCAUAACGAUGCUCGUCCUGUCCAUUCUCUGGUGCUUCUACAUGUUCCGACUUCAACAGACUUUAACGAAUGGCGAAUACGUAAUCAGUUUCAAGUACGUGAGCUUGUUGGUGACAUUGUUCUUGCAAAUUACGAUUUACUGCAGCUACUCCAACGAUCUGACGGAUCAGACGUUGCUCAUCUCGCGCGCAAUCUACGAAUGCCGAUGGACGACGCGCAGCAGGGAAUUCAAAAGCAUCCUCCAAAUUAUGCUGCUAAGGUCUCAAAAGCCUUUUCAACUCACAGCUUGCAACUUCUUUCCGAUCACUUUAGACCAACUCACAACGGUAAAUCGUCGAAACGACUCGAUUUCGUCCAGCUGUACUUUCCACCGAAAUAACGUCUCAUUGCAGGUAUUCAAAACGGCGGUUUCCUAUUUCACGUUGUUGCAGACCUUCAGCGACUGAAUUUUACCGAGUGUCCCGAAAUAUAUGUGCCGAAGACGCACCUCGGUUGAUUCUU